AGAUCAGGAAACUGGACUUUUAUUCCCCCUUACUUCGCCGCCUAGUGUCGGGGAGACUGGCAAACGCCUUGGAGAGGACCGGGAGAAAAAGAGAGCCCUGGAAAAGUGGAGAAAGUGGUCAGGAAGUCGGUCCACUUCAGGCAGCCGUUUAUCUGUCAGGGUAAGAGCGCGGCGCGGCUGCUCAACCCUCCCCCUUCCCCCCCCCUCCCCCCAGUGCCUUCCAGGUGAGGGGACCGCAGGACCGCCGAUCCCCCGACCUGCGUGCGCGCGCGGCUGCCAGAACCUCGCUCCUCAACGUCAAGGGCGCUCUGGCCACAAAAGGUCCCUACCCAAGGUGAUUCCUUGCUAGACUUUUUGUCCCGAGAACUUUCGGGUGGAAGCCUUCACUUUUUUUGUGUGUGGAAGCUACUCAGGGGAGCGAGGAGGAGGAGAGAGUCAAAUCCGACGGAAAAGAGCAACUCCUUGUUUGUCCGACGUCCCAUCACUUGUGGAAGGUUGAAGUUGUUGGAUGUGGUGACAGCCGAGAGGAGCGCAGGACUUGUUUCCAGGUGGGGACCGUCCACCGCCUGUGCGAUCUACCCCUCUCCCGCGUGCAUGUGUGCGUCGGCGGCCGCACCGGGUGCGUGGUUCUGCGAGUGGAGUCUCAGCCGGGACCCAAGUGAAUGGCCCCCAGGGGGUGUGCGGGGCCCCCGCCUCCGCCAACUCCGCCGGCCUGGGUUUGGCCCGGAAAGAUGCUAGCCAUGGGGGCGCUGGCAGCCUUCUGGGUCCUCAGCCUCCUCACCUAUGGUUACCUGUCCUGGGGCCAGGGCUUGGAGGAGGAGGAGGAAGGGGCCUUGAGAGCUCAGUCUGGAGAGAGGCCAGAGCCCAGCACAUCUGCCACCUCCCAACCCCAUCUCAUUUUCAUCCUAGCGGAUGAUCAGGGAUUUAGAGAUGUGGGUUACCACGGCUCGGAGAUAAAGACUCCCACUCUUGACAAGCUUGCUGCCGAAGGAGUUAAACUGGAGAACUACUAUGUCCAGCCUAUUUGCACACCGUCCAGGAGUCAGUUUAUUACUGGAAAGUAUCAGAUACACACCGGACUUCAACAUUCUAUCAUAAGACCUACCCAACCCAACUGCUUACCUCUGGACAAUGCAACCCUACCUCAGAAGCUGAAGGAGGUUGGAUAUUCGACACAUAUGGUUGGAAAAUGGCACUUGGGUUUUUACAGAAAAGAAUGUAUGCCCACCAAGAGAGGAUUUGAUACCUUUUUUGGUUCCCUCUUGGGAAGCGGUGAUUACUAUACACACUACAAAUGUGACAGUCCUGGGAUGUGUGGCUAUGACUUAUAUGAAAAUGACAAUGCUGCCUGGGACUAUGACAAUGGCCUAUACUCCACACAGAUGUACACUCAAAGAGUUCAGCAAAUCUUAGCUUCCCAUGAUCCCAGAAAGCCUAUAUUUUUAUAUAUUGCCUACCAAGCUGUUCACUCACCACUGCAAGCUCCUGGCAGGUAUUUUGAACAUUACAGAUCCAUUAUCAACAUAAAUAGGCGGAGGUACGCUGCCAUGCUUUCCUGCUUAGAUGAAGCAAUCAACAAUGUGACCCUGGCUCUGAAGACAUACGGUUUCUAUAACAACAGCAUUAUCAUCUACUCUUCAGAUAAUGGCGGCCAACCCACAGCAGGAGGAAGUAACUGGCCUCUCAGAGGUAGCAAAGGAACAUACUGGGAAGGGGGCAUUCGAGCUGUUGGCUUUGUGCAUAGUCCACUUCUGAAAAACAAGGGAACAGUGUGUAAGGAGCUUGUGCACAUCACUGACUGGUACCCCACUCUUAUUUCACUGGCUGAAGGACAGAUUGAUGAGGACACUCAACUGGAUGGCUAUGAUGUCUGGGAAACCAUAAGUGAAGGCCUUCGUUCACCCCGGGUGGAUAUUUUGCACAACAUCGACCCCAUUUAUACCAAGGCAAAAAAUGGCUCCUGGGCAGCAGGCUAUGGGAUCUGGAACACUGCAAUCCAGUCAGCCAUCAGGGUGCAGCACUGGAAACUGCUUACAGGAAACCCUGGCUACAGUGACUGGGUUCCCCCUCAGUCUUUCAGCAACCUGGGGCCAAACCGGUGGCACAAUGAACGAAUUACAUUGUCAACCGGCAAAAGCAUAUGGCUUUUCAACAUCACGGCUGACCCAUACGAGAGGGUGGACCUAUCUACUAGGUAUCCUGGAAUCGUGAAACAGCUCCUACGGAGGCUCUCACAGUUCAAUAAAACCGCAGUGCCUGUCAGGUACCCUCCCAAAGACCCUAGGAGUAAUCCUCGGCUCAACGGAGGAGUCUGGGGACCAUGGUAUAAAGAGGAAAACAAGAAAAAGAAGCCGAGCAAAAAUAAGGCUGAGAAAAAGCAGAAGAAAAGUAAGAAAAAGAAGAAACAGCCAAAAGCAGGUUCAUUUCCAAAUUGCCAUUCAGGCGUUUGCCAUUAUCUUAGAUAAGUACAAAUUUUUUUCCUGUCUGGUUAAACUCAAGUCGGUCUUAGUCUUUCAGCUGUUUUCUAGAGAGACCAGCAAAUUUGGCUCAAUAAUUUUACUGCCAGAAGUAGCAGCCGUGUUUUCAUGUUGUGCCACUCCAGAGACUGCUGCCACCUGGUCGUCAUGUGGAAGACGGUUCUGUUUUGUGCCAAAGGUGCUACCCUUGCAAGCCACACUUAGAGGAGAAUGGAGAUGCUGAUUUCUUUUGCUCCUUUACAAAAAUGGUCCUUAAUCAGUGCAACUGUUGUGCUUUCGUCAACUGACCAGAUACUAUGCUUUAAAACUGCGAUCAACGGACAUGCUAAUUUGAUGGAAGUUACAGGGUAGCAUGAUUAAAACCUACCUUUGAUAAAGUACAGUCAAAGGUUGCAUCACCUGAAAGGCCUUGAAAGAUACGUUUUCUUCGUGAAUUAUUGUAUCUCUGUCUUAUGAUACUUGGUUUUUGAAGUUAAUUCCAUUUCACGUAUCAUUUCCUUUCCUGUGAAAAUAAGCUGUUGCUCCCAUGUAAACAGCUUGCACCUCAUUCUGUCAUGCAUGAGGGAAUGGCAUAUAAGAAUGUUUGAGCACACUGCCAAAACGUGAAUGUAACUAUUUUCUAAACACUUUAAUAGAAUGAUGUUUCAACGUAAAGUAUGUAAUUUAUUUUUACAGAAAAAAAUAUUAAUUAUUUUGUUUUCACAAAAAAGUUAUACAAAUAACUUUUAAUUAUUUUAUUUUUAUUUUCUAAAUACUGUUAGAAGAAUUUUAUUUCAUAUCUUCAAUAUUACCAAGCACUGUAGUAGUAUAAAUUACUGUAAUACUGGGUGAAUUUGUAAAAGAUAAAAAGAAAACUAUUCAGCAAAAAUGAUAAUCAUCAUUGUUCAGCCAUUAUUUGAAUGUAAAAAGAUGAAUAUAUUCCUUACAAAUUACUUGGAAUUCAGUGUUGUACAGGGUUGAAAGACAACUUUAUUGUCUCUAUCAUAAUAAACACCUUAUUUAUGUGUCUUUAUUAUUAAAAUGACUUAUUUUAUGGCAC